CAUGGCGGCCGAGUUUCACGGCCGACAUGGUCGUCUUGUGUUCUUGUCAAACAGCAACAAGACCGCUAGACGAAGAAACCCAGGUGCAGAAUUCAACCAUGGACUUGUCUUCAGUAAACUCCCCUUGAAUGAAAAUGAAAUGUUUGAAAUUCGAGUUGACAGAAUCAUUAAUAGCUGGUCAGGUUCAAUGGCAAUUGGAGUGACCACAGCAAAUCCAAAUAAUAUUGACAUUCCUUCUAGCGCUUCUGGACUCAAAAAUGGAUACUGGAUGAUGUCAGGCGUAUCUGUGAUUAAAGAUGGAGUGACUAUUUUAGAUAAUUACGGGAGAGACUURGACGARCUUAACGAAGGAGAUGUAGUCGGUGUUUGUCGAAGAGACAACGGAUGUUUACAUUUUUUCGUCAAUGGCAAUGACUUUGGCGUUGCUUGUACAAAUGUACCUUCGCCUCUAUACGCUGUUGUAGAUUUGUAUGGAAAGUGUGUUGAAGUUUCUAGUUAUAAGGAGUUCAAUUUGUCAAAUGUGAAUUCACAACCUUCAACAGCUUCGAUUGUGUUUCAUCCUCAUUGCGGCUCUCUUGUUAAACUGUCUAACAAUUACAGAACAGCUGAACGACAGAGYCCUGACGAGGAGUUUAAAAACUCUGUAGUAUUAACAAAUCUUCCUUUAGAAAAUGAUAAAUUGUUUGAGAUAAAGGUUGAAAAAGUCACUGACAUAUGGGCUGGUUCCUUAGAAKUGGGUGUAACGUCACACAACCCAACCGAUAUCGUACURCCGCCAACAAUGACCAUGAUGCCAACUGGGACGUGGAUAUGGAGUGCGACAUCAAUCAUUAUGAAUGGCAAAGAGAUUAUGAAAGAUUAUAGCGACAUCAGCUUAGAAUCAAUUAAAGUUGGUGAUAAUGUUGGGAUCAUGAGACGAUCUAAUGGUUGCUUACACUUUUAUUUAAAUGGUAUUGAUAUGGGCGUGGCUAUGAGGGAUAUGCCGUCRCAGAUAUAUGGUAUUGUAGAUCUCUAUGGUGCUGCUAUUCAAGCGUCAAUCACUGGAGAAGCCAUUCAAGAGACUGCCGAGGAUAAUAACCAAGAGGCAAUGUGUAUGGAUAAUACAAAUAAUGAUUCCUCUAGUUCUAUUCCAUUAUGUUUUCAUCCAAGAUGUGGGAUGGCUGUCAAAUUAACAAACAAUUUCCUUACAGCUCUCAGACCAAGAGCUUUAGAAGAGUUUAAUCAUGCUGUAGUCCUUACAAACAGACCAAUAAAACCUGGAGAACUAUUUGAAGUAUAUGUCGAUCGGCAAGUUGAUAAGUGGGCGGGGUCAUUAGAGAUAGGCUUGACAACACAUCAUCCAGAGGCUUUGGAGCUCCCAUCUACUAUGACCAAUGUGCGCAGCGGUACAUGGAUUAUGUCAGGGGGAGGGAUGGUGAAAAAUGGUUCRACKGAGAUCGAGGACUAUGGGAAGAACUUAGAUGAAUUAAAGAACACUUCAUCAAGACAUUUAUUGGAAAGUAUUAAUGCGUUUUUUCUAUUUACAUGUAUAGAUUCUACACAUGAACGGACCUCUGUACCACCCACACAAGAAACAACUCCCACCCCACCCCCCUCAUCAAAUGAGAAUUGGUUCACACUGAGUGGACGACAUGGAGAUCAGGUUGCUAUUAGUCAAGACUGCCGUGCWGCAGUGCGAAUAAACCCAUUGGUGGAAUUUAACAAUGCCAUUGUUAUGAGUCAUCGCCCCCUUCGAGAUGAAGAGAUGUUUGAAGUUAUUGUAAUGACACUGGUUGAUCGUUGGUCUGGAUCUCUUGAAGCAGGUGAGAGUGAAAGGGAAUCGAAUAAGGGAUUUAGUGAUGGCUUGUUAUUUAGUGCUAAACCUUUUUUUGACGAUGAGAUUUUUGAGGUAGGAACUCGUAUUGGACUUCAAAGAAGAAGAGAUGGAUCUCUUCAUAUUUAUGUUAAUGGUAYUGAUCAGGGUGUGGCUGCCAUUUUUUUUCCAAGGAUCUCUAUGGUGUGUUACGUUUUUACCCGUCUUUGCGGGCAACACGUUCGACUAGAUAACAAGCGAAUGCUGGCCCGACGUGUUGCAAGCUACAAUCAUGGCGUCGUGGUCAGUGAUAGACAGCUACGUGAUAACGAUCUCUUUCAGAUUCGAAUCACGAAGUUGGAUAUUCGAUGGUCUGGUUCAYUGAUGAUGGGCAUUACAGACCAGACACCAGACUCCCUCAACCUGCCGUCCAUGUCAAAUUGCAUGAAGGUUUGUCCUUGGAUCGUUGUGAAUAAUGCAGUUUAUAUCAACGGGAACAAGGUAUUUGAAGGUCUUGAGCCUGGUUUCGAUCGCCUCAGUGUCGGCGACGUUGUWGGAAUGCUCAUCGAUAAAGAUUCCAGGCUCCAUAUUUUCAUAAACGGUCAAGACCAAGGCGUGGUGGCUGAGGCCUUACCAUCAAAACGUUACGUAGUUGUAGAUCUCUAUGGCAGCUGUCAGGAAGUCUGUAUAGUACCUACCGCUGACCAGAACAGUCCGUGUGAACUGCAAGACGAGAACAAGACGGCAGAGGUAAUGGAGGAACAGAACAAAGGACCGUGUGAUUACCGAUUGCUGUGCGAACGAUUCAGAUCAACGCUGGCUUUACCAGAUGGCUAUUUUAGUCAAGAGUCAAAACUCAACGUGUGUUAUUGUCAAGCGUGUCAUGAAGCACGGGGAGAAAAGCAGUACGAGGUCAGCGGUGAUCCAGCACGACGAUAUGCGCAGCCACUUGGRUGGUGUCAGUUUGGAUUAGGGCUUCCUCCUCGAAUCAAAUCGUUACAAGUUCUUGACAAGUGGCAUGUAGCAUAUUAUGGGACUCAAAUUGGUAAAAUAAGAAGAAUAUUAGACGCAGGAGAUCUCCCUAUGCCUGGCUCAGGGCAAAGUCGUCGUCGGUCCAAGUCGAAUAAAGAAAACGAAGUUCCUCGAUUAAUGGUUUCGCCGACGGUCAUGUGCGUCACUUGCACGACACAGCUGUCUCCAUUCCAAUAUCGUGACGUAACAACAGGAGAAACGUAUGAAGCUCGGGUUGCUUUCCGUGUCUGCGUGAAGCCUGGGUCCUACGGUACUGGAAGAGCCUCCUGCUGUACACAAGAUACAAAUGAAUCGCUAUUAGACCAUAAUCUUGGAACCCAGGAAUUGGAGUGGUAUUUGGAAGAGAAGGGACUGGUAGCACUUACUGCACUACUUAUCAAGAUAGAGCCCACAUAAACAUGAGAGCGCGCGCACCCAAUCCGUGAAACUUAAAGGCCCAGUUUGAACCAUUAUGCUUUGCGCGCCUCUUAUUUUUAUGAUUUACACCAAAAUACUUCUAGUAACCAAAUAUCAUCAUAAAACGAAUUUCAGAUGGUUGAAAACUGUUAUAUUAGCGUUUAAAGUGCUUCGAAAAGUGAGAUGGUCAAAGAUUCGAAACACACUGUACAAUUUAUAGACUUUCGGUAAACUGAAAAUGGCCACCUCCCGGCCCUCGCGGUCCCCAAAGCAUAAUGGUGCACACUGGGCCUUUGAAAAGAACAACUUAGGCGCUAAAUUAUGCUAAAAUUCUUUUUUUUUAUAUUUUCUAAUCAAUACUUUUUGUAGUAAAUGUACUAUUUGUUUCACGGGUCAGGUGCGUCGUAAUUCUCUUAACCAUAAGGUGCCACAAAGGAGGACUCAAUAGAGCAUUAUUUUGGCAUUCAACAAUAUUGCCGGCCGUCUAGUGGACGGUGAAUUGUAUAUUGUGGAAAUACGGUUCUUUUGAUGUAAAAUACAUAGAUCGUGAAGUUAUAGUGAUGUAAGUUUAUCAAGGUAGUGUUAAUAAAGAUAUCAGUUCACUAUUCAA